GAUUACCAAACAUAUGAUAUGAUACGAUACGAUGAUAUGAUAUGAUAUGAUAUGAUGAUAUGUCUCAGAUUAUAAAAUGUUUGUUAGAAAAAGCUGGCAUUUCUUAUGAAGUUGAAUGUGGAACAGAUUGGAAUAUUAACACAUCUUAUUAUAAUGAUUUAAUUUUAUCCCCAGCAUUGCAAUGUGAUAAAUUAAUUAAUGUGUUGCUAGAAUGCAUAUCAGAUAUCAAUGAUUUUUUUGAAAAUAAUUCCUGUGAAACAGAUUUUUGGUAUAUUGAAGAUUCAGAUAUUUUGAAUAAAGGCUUGAACUUUUUAGCAAUGAUGAUAAAUAGAAUUAGAUUAAAAAAGCAACUAAUUCAGAAAAAUGAUCUUAAUCAAAAUAUUACUAUUCAAGAUUUAAUUAUUAAUAUUUUAGCUAGCACACUUUAUAUUAAGCUUGUUUUAUUGAAAGGUAGCUUAGUAUAUAAUAUUUUCCAAAUAUCCCUGAUCAACAAGAUCAUUGAUAACAUCUAUUACAUUUGUAAAAAUGGUCAUUUAGUACAAGGCAAUGAAAAUAGAUUAGAAAAUACCUUCAUUUUGAAAUACAAAGACAAAAGCAAAAGUCAGCGUACUACCCGAUCUAGGAAAUUUUCUUAUGAUUUUUUGGAAAAAAUUGAUGACAAUCUAUUCACAGAUAAACGACUGCCAUCGAAAUCCCUAAAUAACAUCCAACAUUUUUGGAUAAGCUGUAAUGAUCCUGAAACUAAACACAUAUUACUCAAUAGUUUAUGCCAAUUUUUAUCCUCUUGGAAUUUUUUCUACACCAAAAAUGAUAAUAAAGUUCAAAACCUCAUUGAUUCCACCGAUUAUUUUGAAAACGGUAAUAAGAUGAAUAUGACGACUUUUCGCGAGGAGUCUACACUCGAAAUUCGCAUCUUGCAUCUUAUGGCCAUUAGGAAAUUCGUUUACGGAAACGUGGAGACCUUGGUGUCCAAAACAAACGAGCAGGCUAAAAUCUAUGUUUCCAAGAUUGACGAUUUGAUUUUCGAAGUUUUUUAUAACUACUGUCUAAAUCCUCUCGUAUUCACCACAAACGAUGAUUCAACAAGUCAAAAUCACCUUAUAGAUUCUUUGGAACGUAGAUUUCGCCAUUUGUUCGACCUUUUGGAAGAAGAUAUGGUAAAAAAUGAUAAAAAUACGUCGUGUCUAUUCUUUACCAAACUUUACAUCGAACGCAUCCUUCUCUAUUUAAGUCACCUGAAAGAAAUAAUCCCGUCUUACUCCGAACCUGGCGCGUCCGUUUUGGAUCGAAUUUUCCAAAAACAACUUUAUAUUUUGAGCCAGAAUUUAACCUUGAAUAGGCUCGAAAAUUGUAAUAAUUGCGUUUCCCAAUUGUUCGCACAAUCAAUGUCAAUCAAAGCAAAAAUCAAAUAUGUAAUUUGGAUGGCUAGGUUAUCUAAGGCUGUUGAUGCUGAUUUAGUUUCCGCUAGCGCAGAUAUGGUGAAUUGCUUUAUAAGGAAUGGAUGCUUGCUUAAUGCCAACUCGGAAAGUGGAAGUCUCUUGAACGAAUCUAACCUAAAUGAUCCAUUGGUCUAUUGCUUAAAACCUGCUUAUUUAUUGAGGAUUAUAAUGAUGGGUUCUAUGCAUGAAAAGUCAGCGAGCGUUAGGGGCAAAUUUUUAUCCUGUCUUUUGAAAUACUUCGAACGUUACCUAAAUCACGCCGCGUCAUUGAAGGAACUUUUAGAGCCUUGCCUGGAUAAAUCGGAAUCCAAAUCGAAGGAAACCCUGAAAGAACCAAUAUUUUGUGCCAGUGAAGAGUAUUUAGAAAUUAACCAAAGUGUCCUGGACGAUUGUAUUCAUACGAAUGAACCUUUAUCUAUCACCGAGAUGUUGAUUCGUGAAUAUACAAGUCAAAACCCUGUAACAAAGAACAAUGCCGAGGAAUCGGUCGUACCAACGGGGGACUCAGCUAUGGACGAAAUCUCGCCGCAUAUUAACGAACGUGAAAAUUUCGAAAAUGAACUUAGGUCCAAAUUCGCAUCUUUUUCUGAAUUGUGCACUCUCUCAAGUCUUAUAUCUUAUCCCACCAACAAAGAAACAGAGAGUAUCCUUACAAACGGAAUAACUUUUCGACAUAUUUUAGCCUUGUUAAACAUCCGCAUGACGCAAGAACCAACCGCACACGUCAGAAGAAUGGCCAUUGAGAUAACGGGAAAGUUGGUCUCAUUUUCUAUGUUAAACCUUUCGGAUAAGACCUUUCGGGGCCAAAUUUCACAUUUGACGGAACACAAUAACGAUGUCAAUCAAGAUAAUGCUCACGAAAGUAUGACAAGCGACGAUUAUGACCGAACGAAAAUUUACGUUCCAGAGAUCCUAAAAUUAUUAGACUUUUACCAAAUCAUACCCGUUUUACUAGAGGCCUCCUUGCACGACAAGACUAUGAUGGUACGUAAGCAAGCCAUAUGUAGUUUAACUGCUAUAAUCACACAGAUAAUGCCACAUAUAGAUUCUGAGAGUAGUAGCAAUAUGGCGCCUCUACUUUUGGAUUGGAUCAAAACUUUGUUGAUAUGUUUUUUCGACCAAAAUUUGUCUUCCAAAGGCUCGGGCCUAAACGAAAAGUGUCUGGAUAUCGCGGAAAGACACAUAUUAGGCCCCAUAUUCUUUGAUAGAGGUGAGAAAGAAGUCAAUGAUCUAGCAUGGAAAAUUAUCGAUUCAUUGAUCAAUAACAUCAUUUGCUUUAUUCCUUUCACAUUUGCCAAAACUCACGAUUCAUAUGACUCCGAUAAAGCCAACGUUAUAAACAAAAUAGACGUGUGUCACAAAAAUGCUUUGUAUUUUACCGUUCCUUCAAACUCCCCUUGGAGGAAUAUGUUCCAAUCCCUCUUCGCCGCAUUUACACUCAAAUUCAAGGAUGCAAACUCGAUUAAUACUCGAUUGCUAAAGAAAUCACAUCUCACGGCAAAUUUAUCCUAUUACAAGGAACGCUUGUUCUUGAUGCACAUUAUAUGUCGACUCCAGCCACACUCAUACAUUCAAAUAAUAAAGGACUCCUUAAAGACCUCCGGUAACCUCGAUGAUAUUGUUCACUCGCUAAAACUAAUCACGGACCAGUAUAUAGGCAAGGAAUUAGUAACUCUCUUACGUUACCAUAAAAUAAAAACAAAUCUCUCAUCCCCUUUUCUCGAAAAGAAGGAUGAUCGAAUUGGCGAAACACUUUCUGGGAACAACGAAAGUUAUCUGAUAGACGCGCUGGGUUUAAUAAAAUACUAUCUCGUUUGCUUAACGACUUUCGUGAUCUCGCUUAAAGAUACGACGGACAAAACCAAUUUGGUAAUAUGGAUUUUCGGUCUUGUGACCACUGUAUCCCAACAGCUUGGCCAGAUGCUGGGUGGAUACGGUUGGCAGAACGUUUCCUUGUGCACCGCUUUGAUAGAGGUUAUCAAAUCUAUCAAUUCACUAUUUCCAGGGAUAUUCGCUACGCUUUUUAAGAAGCGGGAUGAUAGACGUGAAUCGAAUUCUGAAUUGUCGAAUCAACAUAGUAUCUCUUAUUACGACGAGUCAAUUCAAUUACCAUAUAGAACGAUGUCCGAGCUGGUUAUCGCUUGUAGGAAACGCUUAGAACAAUUUUUGACGGGAAAUGGCGAAGGGGGUGAAAAAAUUUCCGAGGAAGAUGGUCCCAUAUCUGAGGAACAAAGCGUGAUUAAAAGCCUUGUGAUGUUGGGUGAGAUUAUCAUAUUAUACCCAGAAUUUUUGGAUAAAACUCUUUGCUAUAUCGUGUUAAGUUUGGUAAUUUCUAACGACGACAAAAACAAUGGCUCCAUAUUUGACAGAGGAAUCGGAUGUUAAAAACCCUGAAAACUAUUCCUUCUUCCAUAUUAGACUGAAGGAAAAAUUAGCUACCGGCACAGAGAAAAUUACCUCAAAUACAGAAACUUCGAAAUUAUUAUCAAUAUCAUCACCUUUUGAAAAUAUGCCUUUCGAAUCUCGU